CAACCUUAUAAAUAUCAAAACUUAUCACCCUCAUAAAUCUCUCUUGUCAUUCAUUUUACACAAAACUUCAACAUAUUAUCAUAUGUAUCUUCAUCUUUCACAUAAAAAAAGUUUCAGUGUCUGUGUCGUAUCCGAUGUCUGGUUCUAGACCUAUCCGUUUUCUUUGAAGAUUUUAGGUUGAGUUGUUCUGUAAAAUAGCUAGAAGAUAUUGUUGGACGUGGAAAAGUAAAUAUAUAUAUGGGAAAUUGUUGCGCGGUGUCGACGAUGGAAUGGGCGGGAGACGAUUGGGGUUCAUUUUCAUCAAAACAUAAUAACUCUAGGAUGAAUUCAAGCAAGGUGUUUGACGAAGUUCAUGGAAUGAGUUUAGACAACAAAGAGACACACAACCUUUUAGGUGCAUUAAGAGCUUCUUCUGAUGCUAAUGGAAAAGUGAAGAUUAAGAUAUCAAAGAAAGAGCUUGCAGUGUUGUUGGGAGAGAAAAAGAACCAAGGUGGUGGAGGAACAGGACAUGCUUCAGCUGAACAGGUUUUGGUUGGCUUGUUAAAUGCAAGAGAUCAUGUUAGCCAUGAUGUUCAUCAUAGGACAUGGAAGCCUGUGUUGCAAAGUAUUCCUGAGGUUAAUUGAUUAAGGUGAAUGUUGGUGGUGGUGGGGUGUGGAUAGUAGAAGUUGGUUGAGGAAAAGUUUGGGAAGUUUCUACUUGUACAAAAUCAGCUAAGCUAUAUAUAUUCUCAGCAAUUUUUUUAUUUAAUUUUUUUUCAUGUUUUCGGCUUGUGUUUUGUUGUAAGAUAUAUAUGGAGGUUGAGAAUGUGUUAUUUUGUUUUUAUGAAGGAAAGAAAACAGUGUGUUUUAAUUUUA